GUCUCGUGCCCUUCACAACAGCAAAGAUGGCGACUGCUACCAAAAUCAUUCAGAGGCUCCGAAAUUUUUUAUCGGGGCGCGACCUGCAAGCCAAGCUGCAGCUGAGAUAUGAGGAGAUUGCAAAAAGGACACAGCCACCACCCAAACUGGCGGUAGGCCCGAGCCAUAAGUAUGCCGACAACUACUACUACACCAGAGAUGGACGCAGAGAGUCAGUACCAGCCACAGUCGUCAUGUCUUCUCAGAAGGCUCUUACCGCUGGCAGCCAAGUUUCUGAAGUCCAAAAGCCUCCAGUGACCCCGGGCCCUGUAUACAAUGGGCCACCACUCUCCACAGACCAGCCGUACCUCUGAGCAGCAGCGUUAACCUCUUCAGCAUCAACAACCUAAUUUCUCCAUCCAGACCUGCUGUAGAGGUCUGACCUCUGCACAUGUUGGUUGUAUCCUGUACAAUAGAAAAUGUGAAUAAAUGUGUUCUAGUUAA